AUGGGGCAAUUUCAUUUGGAAGACAACUUGCCAACACUGCAGAACACCAAGCUUGGUUGGAUCGUUUCUGGAGGGAUGUCAAGCAUUUCAAAUCAUAAGUCUGUUUUAGCUGCUGUUAUUAAGGAUCCAGUCAAUCAUUCUGAUGAUGAAACGCUUACUGCUAUUGUAAAGCGAUUUUGGGAAAUAGAAGACGUUAGCUCAGCGAAGCCAGUUUUGUUCCCUGAGGACUGGCGGUGUGAACAAGAUGAAACGCUUACUGCUAUUGUAAAGCGAUUUUGGGAAAUAGAAGACGUUAGGUCUGCGAAGCCAGUUUUGUUGCCUGAGGACUUGCGGUGCGAACAACUUUUUAAGGAAAACUGCACUAGGCUUGAGAAUGGUCAAUACUCUGUUCGCCUCUUGUCCGCUUCAGGAUUCGCAUCUUUAGGUGAUUCCUAUUACCUGGCUCGUCGUCGUUUCAAGAGUUUGGAAGCUAAGCUAGAUAGGAACCCAGCCCUGAAGGUUCAGUAUUCGUCAUUUCUAAAGGAGUAUAUCAACUUAGGACACAUGUCCCUCGCAGCAAAGGAUCCAACGGUACCGCAAUUUUUCUUGCCUCACCAUUGUGUACAUAAGCAUGAGAGCACGAGCACAAAGCUUCGUGUCGUCUUUGAUGGAUUCUUUAAAGUAGCUCUUUGUGGAGACAUCUGCAAGAUGUACCGCUGCGUACGUGUUUCGUACCCGGAUGAUUUUUUGCAGUGCAUCGUUUGGCGAGAAAACUCAUCGGAUGAGUUGAGUGUUUACAAACUAAACACGGUGACCUAUGGAACAAAGCCAGCUGCUUUCUUGGCUAUAAGAGCCAUGCAUCAGCUCUCUUAUGAUGAAGAGGAGUCAUUUCCAAUUGGAUCAGAGAUUGUUCGUAGAGAUUUCUAUGUCGAUGACUUAAUUUCGGGGGGCGAAACGAUUGAAGAGAUAUUCUUGCAAUCUCUUUGGAAGUCUAGUGUGGAUUGGGAUGACGCAUUGCCAGAGCCCAUUCUUUCGUCAUGGGGGGAGUUGACCUCUCAGUUGUCGAUCGUCCAGAAUUUAAAAUUUCCACGAUUCGUAACGCGUCCGCAAGCAACUAUCCAGUUGCAUGGAUUCUGUGAUGCUAGCACAGCAGCUUAUGGAGCCUGCCUAUAUUUGCGGUCGGAGGACAAUGAAGGCACAAAAGCUUAUCUAAUCUGCGCCAAGUCGAGAGUAGCCCCGUUGAAGGCCUUAACAAUUCCAAGAUUGGAACUUUCAGCAGCACUUCUAUUGGCAGAGCUUAUCGUAAGCGUCAAGGAAACCAUAGAUCUCGAUUGUGCCUUUCAUUGCUGGUCCGACUCAUCUAUCGUAUUGGCGUGGAUUCGGCAACCUCCGAGGGACUUCAACGUUUCUGUAUCCAACCGAAUCGCAAAAAUUCAGGAGAUGACAAAAGGAAUGUCUUGGCAUCAUGUUCCGACCAACCUCAAUCCGGCGGAUGUCGUAUCGCGAGGCUGUACCCCUAAAGAAUUGCUGGAUCAUUCUCUUUGGGCUAAAGGACCUCCAUUUCUUUUGCAAAACUCAUCGGAAUGGCCUUCCUUGCUUGAUGAAGCAAAAGAUCUUCCAGAGCGUCGUGCCGCGACUCUUAUUGGAACCGUGUCCAAGCCUCUACUUUCAAAUGGCCAUCUUUCCGUUGAGGAGAUCAACUCGGGGACCGUACUUCUUCUAAGGAGCAUCCAGCAGAUUCAUUUAGCCAAGGAGUAUGGAGUUCUUAGCCAGAGCAAGCCGUGUCCACAGAAGAGCAAACUGAUUUCGCUGAGGCCAAUUCUUGGCACCGAUAGAUUACUUUGCGUUGGUGGAAGACUGCAAAAUGCAAACUUGGACUAUGAUAUGAAGCAUCCGAUAUUGCUUCCCAAGGACCAUCCAGUCACCAAAGCAAUUAUCGUGUAUUUUCAUAAAAAAUACAUGCACGCAGGAUCGCAGGCGUUGCUGGCCACAUUACGACAAAGGUAUUGGCCGAUAGGAGGUCGGAAGUUCGUGGCUAGCGUCAUCAAUAAAUGCGUCAGAUGCUUUCGGAUGAGGCCUGUGACUUGGGAGCACGUCAUGGGUAAUCUUCCAGCGAAUCGAGUUCAACCUAACCCAGCAUUUCACACGACAGGAGUCGACUAUUGUGGGCCAUUCUAUCAUAAAGCAGAGUCCCGGAACAAGGCACCGCACAAGUGCUACAUCGCCGUCUUUGUCUGCUUUUCCACGAAGGCCGCUCACUUGGAAGUCGUCCAGGACCUCACCACAGAUUCCUUCAUAGCAGCUCUGAGAAGGUUCAUCAGCCUUAGAGGCACUCCGCGAACUAUCUGGAGUGAUAAUGCGACUAACUUUGUCGGCGCCAAGAGCGAGUUAGGCGAGCUGAAGGAAUUAUUUUUGAGCGAGCAGCAUACAGCUUCGAUAGCUUCUUCGUGCCUAGCGGACGGUAUAGAUUGGAAGUUCAUACCUCCGCGUGCCCCACACUUCGGUGGCCUAUGGGAGGCCGCUGUCAAAUCGGCCAAGUUUCACUUCUACAGAGUCAAAACGCUGAAAGCCUUGAGGCCGCCUCAGCAGAUGGCAAAUUGUGACUCAAAUGCAGCAACUAUUCUGGAGAAGGUGGACCACGAGUAUUUAUCACUUCUUCAGGAAAGGAGCAAAUGGCGUUCUGAAGGAUCUAACAUCAAGAUCGGAAGCAUCGUGUUGCUGAAGGAGGACAACAUUCCAUCAUUAAAAUGGCCGCUUGGACGAGUUCAGGAAGUCAUUCCCGGCGAGGACGGCGUCGUCAGAGUAGCUAUGGUCCGUACGGCUACGGGCAUCAUCAAGAGAGCCGUCGCCAAAGUGGCCGUUCUGCCCGUCGAUUCCCAUCAAGUUGGAACCGUACCUCUUCCAACGGGGGAGUAUGUUCGGAGCAGACAGCCAGCCCCUAAUCUGGUGCGCAUAGAAGCUAAAAAGAGGGUUCGAGUCCGACGAGGGCCCGGUGUGCGAACGUCGGCGAACGAGCGAAAGUGCCGGUGGUUCGAAGUUGCAUCGAACGGCUUGAUCAAACGGUCGGCUGUCGACGAGAGUCGGCAGACGGGUGUAGUUGUCGACGGUUCGAUGCAUACCGAACAGCUCGGUGGGACGAUCGUUCGGCUACGGUCGGGCGCUUGCAAGCAGCUCGGGUUGAGUUGGCGACGGUUGCCGGUGGUUGUCGGCAAGUUCUAA